GCCGACAUAUCUCAUCCAACUCCUUUAUAUACAUCCUCAUAAGACCCGCAGCAUCCUCUACUCGUACUCGCAGCAUCCUCUCGUCUCGCGCCCUCUACUAGUAGCAGCGCGUUUUCUAGGGUUUCUGAUUUCUGCAAAGGCGGUUAACAGAAAAAAUGGUUCUUCAAAACGAUAUCGAUUUGCUCAAUCCUCCAGCUGAACUGGAGAAGAGGAAGCACAAGCUAAAGCGUCUCGUGCAGUCUCCUAACUCAUUCUUCAUGGAUGUGAAGUGCCAGGGCUGCUUCAAUAUAACUACUGUGUUCAGUCAUUCCCAAACUGUGGUCGUCUGUGGCAAUUGCCAGACCGUCUUGUGCCAGCCAACCGGUGGGCGUGCAAGGCUUACAGAAGGUUGCUCUUUCAGGAGAAAGGGUGAUUGAAGAUGAUAUGCUCGCACUGCCUAUUGGUGGUAAAUGUUUGUUGAGUUCUUUUUAAGGGAUGAUGGUGACAGCAAAUGAGAGCUCUUCUGGGUUUUGAUUCUGAUGUGGAAUUUUGUUAGCACAAAGAUUAUAGACCUCUUAUUUAUAUUUUAGGAUUGUUAUCUGAUUUUGGUUUGUUGCACUGUAAUUUGGUUUCAUUUGACAAACUAAGUUUAUAUUAUUAUCCUUUUGCACUUUUCUAAAUGUUUGUACGUGUUGUUUCUUUGUUGCUGCUAUGUCUUGUUAGGUUAACUCUUAUGUUAUCUUAUUAUGACCAAUGCCAGUUUUGGAAA